AUGGCGGAACACAAGUACACUAGCCUUAGCGACCUCCUCAAAGACCAACCACCAAAACCGUCCACAGUGGAAUCUGAUCAAGAAUUCCCUCCCGUCUUUGAGAUGUUUGGGGAGCUUUAUUUUAGAGAAAGCAAGACCCCAACGUCCAUUGGUGACCUCAAGUUCUCACCACCUUUGCCUUUGCCAAAAGUUUCAUCCAAGGAAAGCGCGAGUGAGGGUUCCAAGGAUGAUGAUGUUAAUCGUCAGAACAAAUUGAAGAGUCCUGUUAAGACGAAGAAUUAUUUCAAAAAUGAUUCGUGCAUGUAUAACUACUCUGAAAAGCGAUUUCCCCCUCCUAUCUCUACCCUAAGAAUGUCUACAUAUGGUAAACCUUUUACUUACAAGAGGUUUGAUGAGAAAGCUAAUGCAUCUGCUGGGGAAGAGAUAAGGAUUGAUCCCCGGGGUGUCAUGGCUGCUUCAAGGGAGAACGGACGCUUGAGGAUGAAGUUUGUCCGAGGUCCAGAAGAAGAUGAGAAGGCAACGGAGGCUGCUGGUAAUGAUGAUGAAUAA